UCUCGGUCUAUUUCUCAGCACUUUUGCCUCCCUUCAGCGUCUUUGGGUGACUUGUAUCAUUGUGGGCGACGGUUUUUGUCGCUUUCUUUCCUUGUUCUUCACACCUCCGAUUAUUGGGUAUCGUCCUCCACUAUGCUCAAGACUCUAGUCCCUCGGGCGAGCCGAUCGCUACUCUCGACGAAAGCUCCGCAGUUUGGUCCAGCGAACCUCCGAACAGCCCCCAGCUUCCAGAUAUUGUCACAGAACCAACAACGGAGACGAGGCUAUGCAUCUGAAGCUUCAGACUACGAUGUGGUCUUCAUCGGUGGCGGUGUCGCAGGCUACGUCGGUGCGAUCAAAGCUGGACAAGAAGGUCUCAAGGUUGCUUGUAUCGAAAAGAGAGGCAUGCUCGGUGGCACAUGUUUGAACGUCGGCUGCAUACCCUCGAAAUCCCUGUUAAAUAACUCACACCUCUACCACCAAAUAUUACACGACACGAAAAAGCGUGGCAUUGACGUUGGAGAUGUCAAACUCAACCUCACCCAAAUGAUGAAGGCGAAAGAUGAGUCGGUUACUGGUCUGACGAAAGGUGUGGAGUUUCUGUUCAAGAAAAACAAGGUCGACUACAUCAAGGGCACUGGAUCCUUCAAGGACGAGCACACUAUCGCAGUCAAUCUGAUAGAUGGAGGCGAAACGGAAGUCAGGGGCAAGAACAUUGUUAUCGCUACCGGCAGCGAGACGACGCCCUUCCCGGGACUGGAGAUUGACGAGAAGAAAGUCAUCACAAGCACCGGCGCAAUUGCGCUGCAAGAAGUGCCCAAGAGAAUGAUUGUCAUUGGCGGAGGUAUCAUUGGUCUUGAGAUGGCAUCAGUAUGGUCGCGCCUCGGCUCUCAAGUCACUGUCGUCGAGUUCCUCGGCCAGAUUGGCGGACCAGGCAUGGACGCCGAGAUUGCCAAACAGGCGCAGAAGAUCCUCGGGAAACAAGGCAUCAAAUUCAAGACCAACACGAAGGUCACAAAGGGCGAUCCCAGUGGUGACCUUGUCAAGCUUGAAGUCGAAGCAGCCAAGGGUGGUAAGAACGAGACCCUCGAAGCGGAAGUCGUACUCGUUGCUAUCGGACGCCGCCCUUACACCGACGGGCUGGGGAUCGAGAACAUCGGCAUCGAGAUGGAUGAGCGCAAACGCCUGGUGAUCGACCAAGAGUACCGCACCAAGAUCCCGCACAUCCGCUGCAUCGGCGACGUGACGUUUGGCCCCAUGCUCGCGCACAAGGCCGAAGAAGAAGCCGUCGCGGCUGUGGAGUAUAUCAAGAAGGGCUUCGGACACGUCAACUACGGCGCCAUUCCUUCAGUCAUGUACACGCACCCGGAAGUCGCGUGGGUGGGCCAGAACGAGGCCGAGCUCAAGGCCGCCGGGGUCAAGUACAGAAUCGGCACGUUCCCCUUCACCGCGAACUCGAGAGCCAAGACCAACCUCGAGACGGAGGGCAUGGUCAAGUUCCUGAGCGAUGCGGAAACGGAUCGCAUUCUCGGGGUGCAUAUCAUCGGGCCCAACGCGGGCGAGAUGAUCGCCGAAGCGACGCUGGCGCUCGAGUACGGCGCGUCGAGUGAGGAUGUCGCCCGGACGUGCCAUGCUCAUCCCACGCUCGCUGAGGCCUUCAAGGAGGCCGCCAUGAGCACGUAUAGCCAGGCCAUCCAUUUCUAAACGAAGAGAGAGAGAGAAAGUGGGGGAGAGAGCUUUCUGUGGUUGAUGGGUUAGCGUUAAUGGUCCGCGUUCUUGGUCUCGCAGGACUGGUCUUUCGCUGCGUGGCAUUGCCGUAGUCCUUCCUUGUCAGGGAGAGAGCUCAAAAAAUGUAAAUGUAGACUUAUGCCUCGAACCUGAUGGUUCAUGCGAAUUGAUGAACCCAUAUUGCUAUGUAGGUGUACGAGCCAUACUGGAUACCUCAGCCGUAAGAUUAGUCAAGGCAACCUGUCUUGCUAUGAUCUGAAGGAAGAAGCAAACAGUUACAGACUGCCCGAAUACAAAAGAGGAAAUUGCU